UGCUCAGUCGGGUGUGUAAGAAAACGUGGUCAAUACCAAGACCAGGAGGUGCCACUUUUCACACUGCAAUGAUCAGACCAAUUGACACAACACAGACACAAAAACUGGGGCACAAGAAGUUGAUUUCAUAACUGACCCCAUGGAGAUAGAAGUAGAUUCAAACACCACCCACAAUGACUCAGACACCUGUACCAACCUGUAUGACCAUCGUGACUGGGCACAGUAUUUCCUGCCUACAGUGUAUUCUCUGAUUUGCAUUGUGGGUCUACUGGGCAAUGUGUUGGCAUUGCAUGUCAUCUGGCCUAAUUUAAAAAAACUCAACUCCACAACUCUGUAUUCUGCCAACCUGGUGGUGUCGGACAUCUUGUUUUUGCUUGCUCUGCCCUUGCGUACGGUUUACUAUGCCAAGGGGUUCCACUGGCCAAUGGGGGAGGGUUUGUGCAAAGCCGUGGCGCUGCUGUUCUACAUCAACAUGUACGCCGGUGUCAACUUCAUGACUUGUUUGAGCGUGGACCGUUUUAUUGCAGUGGUGCUGCCGCUGCGCUUCUCCCGAUUCCGAAGGGUUCAGAAGGUGCGGUACAUCUGUGCUGCCGUAUGGGUCCUUGUAUUGAUGCAGACCCUGCCUUUGUUGUCGAUGCCCAUGACGAACGUGGAAAAAAGUGGUCACAUAACGUGUAUGGAAUAUCCCAACUUUGAGAAGAUUGACAACCUGCCUGUCAUGCUCAUCGGUGCCGUGGUGCUUGGCUUCGGCAUCCCUGUGAUCACCAUCCUGGUGUGUUAUUCUGCACUGUGCUCCAAGCUCCGCCUCCUGGCCAAGUCUAAUAAACUGACAGAGAAGUCGGGUCGUAGUCGCAAAGCCAUCGGCGUGAUUUGCGCUGUCAUUCUUGUGUUUGUGGUGUGCUACACCCCUUACCACGUCGACCUUCUGCAGUACAUGAUCAGAAAGCUGCGGUAUAAGCCAGACUGCUCAGAACUGCAUGACUUUCAGAUCUCCCUUCACAUCACUGUCUGCUUAAUGAACCUUAACUCGUGUCUGGAUCCCUUUAUCUACUUCUUUGCCUGCAAGGGAUACAAGAAGAAGGUACUCAAACUGCUCAGGAAACACGUGAGCAUGUCCUUCUCGAGUGUGGUCAGGACGUCGCCUGAAGGCUCCUCCAAAGACGUGUUUGCUAAUGACAAAAUCCAUAUGAGCUCCAGAAGCACUCAAAAAGAGAGGAGCAGUGUGCUGUUGAGCACCAGCAAUGGUUUUGAAUAAACAACAACAACAACAACAAAUGCAGUUCACUGUCUAUAUGAGACUUAAUAUCACAGCAAAUUUCUUACAUCGGGAUUACUUUUACACACUGUUCAAGUUAUUGUUUCAGAUGGUUGUUAAUAUUUUGUUUUGCUGUUUAAAGAUUAUUGCACAUUUGUCCUACAUAUUGCAGUUCAUUUGAGUGAAUUUGUUCUUAAUUUUUUUUUAAUUGAUCUUUUGAAUAAUAAUAAUAUUAAAGGUGCAAGCAGUGAUG